GCCGCUGACCCGACCUGCCCUGCCAUGACCGAGGCGGCCUCCAGCGCCGCCGCCGCCGCCGCCGGGGGGGCCACGUCCCCGGAGGCUGAUCGCGGCAAGCGGCCCCCACCCGAGGGCGAGCCGGCAGCAGCCCCGGCGGCCGGAGUGCUGGAUAAGCUCUUCGGGAAGCGCCUCUUGCAGGCGGGCCGCUACCUGGUGUCGCACAAGGCCUGGAUGAAGACAGUGCCCACGGAGAACUGUGAUGUGCUGAUGACUUUCCCAGACACGACUGACGAUCACACGCUGCUCUGGCUGCUGAACCACAUCCGUGUGGGGAUCCCGGAGCUCAUUGUGCAAGUCCGGCACCACCGCCGCACGCGGGCCUACGCCUUCUUCGUCACCGCCACCUAUGACAGCCUGCUCCGGGGGGCAGAUGAGCUGGGCCUGCGCAAAGCCGUUAAGGCCGAGUUUGGCGGUGGCACCCGCGGCUUCUCUUGCGAGGAGAAUUUCAUCUACGAGAACGUGGAGAGUGAGCUGCAUUUCUUCACCUCCCAGGAGCGCCAGAGCAUCAUCCGCUUCUGGCUGCAGAACCUGCGGGCCAAGCAGGGCGAGGCGCUGCAUAAUGUGCGCUUCCUGGAGGAUCAGCCAAUCAUCCCGGAGCUGGCAGCCCGCGGGAUCAUCCAGCAAGUGUUCCCUGUCCACGAACAGCGAAUUCUAAACCGCCUCAUGAAGUCCUGGGUGCAGGCUGUGUGCGAAAACCAGCCACUAGAUGACAUCUGUGACUAUUUCGGGGUGAAGAUUGCCAUGUAUUUUGCUUGGCUGGGGUUCUACACUUCGGCCAUGGUGUAUCCAGCGGUGUUCGGCUCUGUCCUGUAUACGUUUACCGAGGCGGAUCAGACUAGCCGGGAUGUCUCCUGCGUGGUCUUCGCCCUCUUCAACGUGGUCUGGUCCACGCUGUUCCUGGAGGAGUGGAAACGAAGGGGCGCUGAGCUGGCCUAUAAGUGGGGGACUCUGGACUCCCCGGGGGAGGCCGUGGAGGAGCCGCGACCCCAGUUCAGGGGCGUGCGUCGGAUCAGCCCGGUGACCCGCGCGGAGGAGUUCUACUACCCGGCCUGGAAGCGCCUGCUCUUUCAGCUGCUCGUCAGCCUGCCCCUGUGUCUCAGCUGCCUGGCCUGUGUCUUCCUGCUCAUGCUCGGCUGCUUCCAGCUGCAGGAGCUGGUGCUGAGCGUGAAGGGGCUGCCGCGGCUCGUGCGCUUCCUGCCCAAGGUGGUGCUGGCCCUGCUGGUGAGCGUGAGCGCCGAGGGCUACAAGAAGCUGGCCGUGUGGCUCAACGACAUGGAGAACUACCGGCUGGAGAGCGCCUACGAGAAGAACCUCAUCAUCAAGGUGGUCCUGUUCCAGUUCGUCAACUCGUACCUGAGCCUCUUCUACAUCGGCUUCUACCUCAAGGACAUGGAGCGGCUCAAGGAGAUGCUGGCCACGCUGCUCAUCACGCGCCAGUUUCUGCAGAACGUCAGAGAGGUGUUGCAGCCGCACCUGUUCCGCCGCCUGGGCGGUGGCCAGCUGGGUCUGCGGGCCGCCUGGGAUCUGGCCCGGGCGCUUCUGGGGCUCUUGGGCCUCUGGCGCCCGCCGCCCCACCAGCUCGAACCCCGGGCCGAGGAGGUUGGCGGCUCCGGCGGAGGGGGCGGCCGCAGGUGUCUCCGAGGUGGCUGUGGGGCCCCAGAGGAGGAAGAGGAGGAGCAGGAGCAGGUGGUGGCCACCGCGGAGCGACGACCGGUGGGCGAAGGCGGGGAGGUGGGAGAGGGCCCGCCGCGAGGGAAGGAGGAGGACGAGGCGGAGGACGAGGAGGAGGAGGACGACGAGGACGACGAGGAAGAGGGCGAGGAGGGCACCCUCCUGGACUGCGGCCUGCGGCUGAAGAAGGUCAGCUUCGCCGAGCGGGGCCCGAGCGCGCCGGCCGUGCUGGAGGAGGGCAGCCCCACGCUGGUGGACAAGGGGCUGGAGUCCGGCGUGUUCACGCUGACCGAGGAUGACGACGAUGAGGCCGAAGGGGCGCCCAGCAGCCCCGAGCCCGAGCCCCAGGCCGUGCAACUCCGGCGCGCGGGGGGCGAGGGCCGUGACCAAGGCUGCGAGGGGGGCCCAGACACGGAGCUGGGCUCGGGCGAGGCGGCCCGACGGCAGCGGCGGCAGAACCGGGCAUCGUGGAUCGACCCUCCCGAGGACGACCCGUCCCCGCAGCUGACACAGGCCGAGCUGGAGAGCUGCAUGAAGAAGUACGAGGACACGUUCCAAGACUACCAGGAGAUGUUCGUGCAGUUCGGCUACGUCGUGCUCUUCUCGUCCGCCUUCCCGCUGGCCGCGCUCUGCGCCCUGGUCAACAACCUCAUCGAGAUCCGCAGCGACGCGCUCAAGCUGUGCACGGGGCUGCAGCGGCCCUUCGGCCAGCGGGUGGACAGCAUCGGCCAGUGGCAGAAGGUGAUGGAGGCCAUGGGCGUCCUGGCCAUCGUGGUGAACUGCUACCUGCUGGGCCAGUGCGGGCAGCUGCAGCGCCUCUUCCCCUGGCUCAGCCCGGAGGCCGCCAUCGUGUCUGUGGUGGUGCUGGAGCACUUCGCUCUGCUCCUCAAGUACCUCAUCCACGUGGCCAUCCCCGACAUCCCAGGCUGGGUGGCCGAGGAGAUGGCUAAGCUUGAGUACCAGCGGCGAGAGGCCUUCAAGCGCCACGAGCGCCAGGCCCAGCACCACUUCCAGCAGAAGCAGCGGCGACGGCGGGAGGAGGAGGAGCGGCAGCGGCACGCGGAGCACCACGCCAGGCGGGAGCGGGAGGCAGGCGGCCGCGAGGAGGCGAGGGCCGAGGGCGCAGGGCCCGAGGCCGGAGCCUCGGCCUCGGCCUCCUCCUCCUCCUCUGAGAAGUCCUCCGUCAAGGGCAAAGGCAGCGGCGGCGGAGGGGCGGGCGGCCAGGCCGGGUCGGCGGAGAGGCCCAAGCGGCCGGGCUCGCUGCUGGCCCCCAACAACGUGCUGAAGCUCAAGCAGAUCAUCCCGCUGCAGGCCAAGUUCCUGUCCUCCGCGCCCGCCCCUGUCCCCGCGCAGGGGUCCGGGUCCGGGUCCGCCCCGUCGGCGCCCGCGCCCGCCAACUCGCCCACGGCCGACGCGCGCCUGCCGGGCUUCCUGAGCUUCAAGUUCCUCAAGCCCCCCGAGCCCCGGCGCGGGCCCGAGCGCAGCCACUCGCCGCCCAAGGCCUUCCACGCCGGGAAGCUCUUCCCGUUCGGCGGGGCCCGAGCCGACGCGUCCGGAGGCGCCGCCGGGGCGGGCGCGCCUGGCACGGCGGCGGGCCGGGCCCCGCGCACAGAGGCGGCGGCAGCCGAGGAGCCCGACGCGGCCCCCCGGCCCCCGGAGGCCGGCUCAGGCCCGGCUCCUGCCCGCCGCACCCAGAGCCUCGCGCAGACGCCGCCGCCCGCCGGCUGCUGGCAGUGGGACGGGCCCUGGGGCUGCGGGGGCGAGGGCGGCGACCCCCGCCGGCCCCCUGGCCCUGGCCGCACCGAGUGUCCACCCUGCGCCCCGGCUGCGCACCCGCCGCCGCCCGGGGACUCCAGCUUUUACAGCCUGGCGCCGCCGCCGCCGCCUCCACUCAGCACCCCGGCCAGCCCCGACCCCAGCCCCAGUCCGCCGGCCGUGUGCUGGCCCGGAGGCUGGCACUAGGCGGGCACCAGGCGGCCCCGCGCCCCGCCCGGCACCUUGGGGGGAGGACCCGAGUCCGUCUGAAACAGCCCCAAGGAGUAGGCGGGAUAUUUAUUUGUUUUUAAUUUAUUUUACCAUAUUUUUGUAAAACGGCAGAAAUGCAAUAAAAAGUAUAUUUCAACAG